UACCAAAACCGAGUCAGUUAAUGAAUCAAGUUUAGAAAAUCCUGAUAAUAAUAUAUGUGAUGCAAGUUUACCUGAUAAUUUAUUAGUUAAUAAGAAUGUUUCCAACAAUGAUUUCCUUUUGUUCGACCAAACAGUAGUCCUAGAAGAAAAUUUUAAAAAUACUACACAAUUAGUUAUCGAAAUGAUAACUGCUGGUAAAUGGAAUUUAGAAGAGUUAGCUGAACUUUUAAUCUCCGAGAGAAACCGUAGGAAUGACAUAUUAGACUUAUUAGAUGAGGUCUGGCCGGAAAUGGUUACUGAUACUAAUCGUCACAGAUUUUGUGAAGUUUUAGUAAAAAUUAAAGAAUUGCCUGAAGUGAUAUGUCAGAAAGCUUACAUUCCUUGGUUCAAAACUUGUGAAACCAAUUUGACUGGUUUUGUCCAAAGUUUAUCUAAAUUAAUAGUUUACUUUCCUGAAUACGCUUGCAAGUCAUUUCUCGUUGAACUACUAAUGAAUAAAUAUUCAUUACUUGUAAAAUAUUUAGAUUGGCUCACUGAAAUUAUGAAACCUUUAGAUAAAAAGUACUGGCGUAUUCUUUUAAAUGAAUAUAUAAAAGGUUGUCAAACCCACUUAGAACAGUAUAAAAUCCCUGUUUUGGUACUUUUAGUCAAAAAUUGUCAGAAAGACUUGGAUUCAAGCGAUGGCGAAAAGCUUGUUACUUUAUGUAAAACGGCGGCUUUAGAUCAUUCAACCAACCGCGAUUUCGCAUCUUUUUUAGUAUUCGUUGUUGGGGCUAUUGAUUUAGAAAGAUUUAGAAUAGAAAUGUUAUCAAUUUCACAAAAACUUAAGGGAGCUUCAAAAUAUUUAGUUAUCAAAGCUUUAAAAGAUGUUAAAUAAAAAAUAAAUAAAUAUUUAUUUAGUUA